GCGAGAAUCCUGUCUGGGGGCGGGAUUAGUAACGGAAAGGGGCGGGGCGUCGUUGCCAGGAGUCCCUCCUUCCUCUCCCGCCGCGUGGGCUGUGGAGCAGAGCAGAGCGCGGGCCCAGCCAGAGAUGGCUGACUCUGAUCCUGGGGAAAGAAACUAUGAUAACAUGCUGAAAAUGCUGUCCGACCUGAAUAAGGACCUGGAAAAGCUAUUGGAAGAGAUGGAAAAAAUCUCAGUGCAGGCAACCUGGAUGGCCUACGAUAUGGUGGUCAUGCGUACCAACCCCACACUAGCAGAGUCCAUGCGCCGGCUGGAGGACGCCUUCCUCAACUGCAAAGAGGAGAUGGAGAAGAACUGGCAAGAGCUACUCACUGAGACUAAACACAAGCAGUAAGCCACCAUCUGUCACCAGCCUAAGUGCAGAAGCCAGGGGCAUGGGUCCAAAGGCCCAGGUGUGUAGCUAUGUGCAUGGUACUUGUUUCUCAAUAAACUUAUUUUCAAGCAAA